AUGUUCCGAACUGCCAUCCUCAGGACAGCACGAGCUGCUUCCCGGGCUGCCCCCCGUUUCCAGACGCCAAUUGCCCGACCGGCCGCGCGAAGCUCUCUCUUCCAGUCAAAGCAAAUAACUCCGGCUAUCAGCUUCCAAUCGGUACGAUGCUACUCGGCGCCAACAGGACUGUCCAAGGAUGAGGUCGAAGGCAGGAUAUUGGAUCUGUUGAAGAACUUCGACAAGGUCAGCGACGCCUCGAAGUUGUCCCCAUCUUCGCACUUCUCAAACGACCUCGGCCUUGACAGUCUCGAUACCGUGGAGGUGGUUAUGGCGAUUGAGGAGGAGUUCAGCAUUGAGAUCCCAGAUAAGGAGGCGGAUGCUAUUCACAGCAUUGACAAGGCAGUGUCAUACAUUCUGAGCCAGCCUGAUGCGCACUAAACUGCUCGCCGGUACUGGGACCGUUGCUUGGGGAGGAUGGGUUGGGAUACUGGCUUUUCGGGCGCAUCCAUGGAUCUGCGUAGAUAGCCCCG